AUGGACGCGCGGGACUGCGCGGCCGCCUGGUGGGAAAUGGUGGCGCGGAACCUGCGAUCUAUUCCAUGUUCCUGUUUAACACUAGGAAGAAAAAUUGCGGCUCUGUACAACAGCUUUACUAGUAAACCGUUAAAAGAACACAUUUUUCCUCCUUUGAUGAACAUGCUAAUAUUUUUUAAUUUUUUCAAAGCACCCUUUCUUGUGGAUUUAAAGAGACCGGAGUUAAAGAUUGCUCACACAGUGAACUUCUAUAUCAGAGUCGAACCUGGGGUGAUUCUGGGAAUCUGGCACACGGUUCCCAGCUGCCGGGGUGAGGAUGCGAAGGGAAAGGACCGUUGCUGGUACGAAGCAGCCCUUCAUGAUGGCAAUCCAAUCAUUGUUUAUCUUCAUGGAAGCGCGGAACAUAGGGCAGCUCCUCACAGACUUAAGCUCGUAAAGGUGCUGAGUGACGGUGGCUUUCAUGUCCUGUCUGUGGACUACAGAGGGUUCGGGGACUCCACAGGGAAGCCCACAGAGGAGGGGCUGACUGCAGAUGCUAUUUGUGUCUAUGAGUGGACCAAGGCGAGAUGUGGUACCACCCCUGUGUGUCUCUGGGGCCACUCUCUGGGUACAGGAGUUGCAACCAAUGCCGCAAAAGUACUGGAAGAGAAAGGAUUCCCAGUUGAUGCUAUUAUCCUGGAGGCUCCAUUUACCAACAUAUGGGUUGCAAGUAUCAAUUAUCCCUUGUUAAAGAUUUACCGGAAACUUCCAGGAUUUUUACGCACGCUUAUGGAUGCCCUGAGAAAAGACAAAAUAGUCUUCCCUAAUGAUGAAAACGUUAAAUCCCUGUCUUCUCCCCUUCUCAUCAUACAUGGUGAGGAUGACAACACGGUGCCUUUGGAGUUUGGAAAAAAGCUCUAUGAAAUUGCACAUAAUGCAUACAGGAACAAAGAGAGGGUCAAGAUGGUGAUCUUUCCUCCUGGUUUCCAACACAACUUGCUCUGUAAAAGCCCCAUGCUGUUAAAAACUGUGAGAGAUUUCCUGAGCAAGCAGUGGGCAUGA